UGGACACCACUUUUGAUCGAUCGCUCGCACCGCCUGUGUUCUUCCCUAACUGAUCCUCCCUGCAUGAUGCAACCUUUCACCACGCAAUCACUUCUGUUACGUCAUCGCUCACCAUCGUUCCUUCCUGUCGCCCUUGUCUCUCAGAUGUCGGAGGCACGACACACAAUCACUCAACGCUUUGCCUUCCUUGUAGGUCUCUAUUGCAAUGUCUAAAGUAUCCACGAGAGCACAGCAACCACGCCAAGAAUUCCCCGUCUCCUCCUCCUCCUCCUCCUCCUCCUCCACGUCUUGUCUGGUCUCUCUCUUUGCACCACCAGGUCCUCCGUCAGGUUAGUCUUAUCCCUAGUACCACCAGGACGAAGUCUGCUCGUUGCAUCAUUUGAAGCAGGACUAGCAGUAGAUGAUCUAGCUCACAAGCGCCCGUUUCUUGUUCGCUGUCUCACCUGAUUUAAACCGUGGAAGGGCCUGACUGGGUCAUACCGCCGUGCACGGAAGGAAUUCUAUCAAGCUGAUCCAAACCACAGACGCCCCAGCUAGAGCACAUCUCCUUGAAUGCCCGUUUCGUUUCAUGCAUCGUUUCGUCUCGUUUCGUUUCGUUGCUAGGCCAAUUCAGGAACUGUCCUCACGCCACACAAAAAGUCGCAGCAGCAGCAGCAGCAGCAGCCAUGGCGGCUUCUCUCAGACGAAGCAUGUUCAUGCGACAGGACGCAGCGAGCGGCGUGGAUGUUUCUCGUCAGCCCACCAGCCUGCACCACCACUCUGCGGCUUUCACUGGUCCCUCGGCGCGCAAUUACUGCGGGCCACCUUCUCCCCGUCUAUAUACUGCCGAGAAGAUUGCCGCUAGUCGUACCACUAGUGGCAGUGGCACAAGUAGUACCGCGAUCGUUGGUGGCAACAGUGUUCUUAAUACUACCGGGACUGCCACGGCUACUAGCAGCGCGAAUGACUUGAAAGCAGCAGAACAACGGCGGCGGCAGCAGCAGCAGCAGCAGCAGCAACAACAGCAGCAACAGCAGCAGCAGCAGCCGCCGCCGCCGCCGCAGCUGCUUGGCUACUAUGGGAACAAGGUGGCGCCUGCACCGCUCGGGAAUUGCAGAACCAGCGUCCCAAUAAUCGCCGAGCACCACUCCGCUACUGGUUCUGGUACUGGUAGAACUACCACUCAUGGUAUUAAUCCUACCCCCAGCCCGCGGGGCCCACGGAACUUUCACAUGAAAUCUCCUCUUUUGCCGCCGGCCACUGGCUCCGCAUGCGCAGGAAGCGGCGGUGCAAUCGCCGACGCCGCCGCCGCCGCCGCCGGGAGCAGCGGAGCCAUCCGCGGACCUACCGAGGCGGCUUCAGUUCCGGUUGACCUGUAUGCGGCACACUACAGAAGCACGUCCUGGCCGCCUGGAAGCAGCAGCGGCAGCAGCAGUGGCAGCAGCAGCAUCCCCAACCGGGGUGGUACUAGUACCAGGAACUGUGCCGUCACCGUCGCCACUACCGCUACUGCCGCUACCGCCGAUCCUGCCGCUGCUAACAAUAACGUUGUCGUGGACAGUACUGGCGGCAGCAGGGUAAAGCCGGCCAUGGCGGUGGUAGUACAUGGUAGUGCCACCGCUGGGGAGCCCUACCAAUAUCAGUACAACAGUCCGACUGGAAUGAGUCACACUCAUCUCUCGCCGCGGGCGGGAAGGGAUCCGCAAUCGAGCCCCGCGGCCGCCCGGUUAACCGUUCAACGGCGAAUGAGCGCGAGCGCGGAGGUCGCGCCGACUUCGCCGCCGUCUGUCGCGGCGGCUGUUGCGGCGAAAUCAGCGCCGGCUGUCGCGCUGACGGAUGCGGAGGCAACCAGCGGGCAUGCGGGGAGCGACAUGCGCAGCAGGGGGGGUGUAUUUCAGAGCACCUUGGCUGGUGCGGGGCAUCAUGUCUCGAGGCCCACGCGCGGACUGGAAAGGAUGGACUCGGAUGAGGAGUUUCUCCGGAUGUACGAGCUUAUAACGAGUACGGGUGGCAUCGGGGGAGCAACAUCACCACGAAUGAACGGUUCGGGAGCUGGUGCGAGUGUACACUCAACACAAGAGUUUACUUACAAAAGAACAAUUCAAAGGCCUGUGGUGAAGUCCGCGAUAUUGGCUCAGUCAAACUACUCACAAGCGCAAACUUUCUGCCACCGCCAAUCGCAGACCAAAUCUGGAGAUUCCGACAGGGCAUGUGUAAAUUUCUUUGGAAAACGAUCAGCAAAGUUAGCUCCCACCGCAACCGCCGCGAAUGCCGGAGCAGCUGCCGCAUCCGCAGCGGUAGUAUCGCCUACUUCUCCAUCCGCCGCUCCUCCGCUAUCCCCCGAGCGCUGCGGAACGUUCCCCCAGACGUCUCCCAGUUGCCGCACUGGUGUGGGGUCCAGCGGCUCGUUCUUAGGACCUGCUAGGGCAUACAGCCUUAAUAUUGCUCGAGUGGAGGGUGCAGGUAGCCUGAAUCCUAGCAGCAGCGGUGGCAGAGCUUGUAACUUAAGCUUAGGCAGUGACAAUGGCAGAGACAGGAUCAGCAGGAACGGUAACCAGGGUGGGCGAGGUUUUCAUGGGGAUGCUGAUGUGGAUUUAUCCACGGUAGAGGGAGCAUGGCAGGAACUGAGAUUGACUGGAUCCGCAGAUGGCGGGAAGGAACGGGAGGAGGGGUUGCCAGUGCCUGUUGCUGUGCUGGUGGGAAUGGCGGCAAGGGAAACUUCAUGGCAUUGUGGGGAGACGACGCUUCAGAGUCAGCCGCAGCAGCAGCAAGAGCAGCAGGAGCAGGAAUUUCUGCGGCAGCAGCAGCAGCAGCAGCAGCAGCAGCAGCAGCAGCUACGGAACAGCGUAGGGCGGCAUCAUCGGCGUCGAGUGAGUUUCAGUGGCGUGGUUGAACUGAUCGACCAAGCCACUCAAGGCACACACGACAGGGACCAAGACUCAUGGAAAGUGCUAUCAGAAGCCACUGCAAACUCAAGUGUUGCUGCUGCUGCUGCUGCUGCUGCAGCAGCACCUCAAGCAGCAGCAGGCAAGGGCGGAAAGAGCAAGCGUCAGGGCACCAUUCUAGCUCAGCAACAAAACAACACGCACCUUGUUACUGCAGCAGCACGUGGAGCAGCACUGACACCAGCAGCACCAACAGCGGCAGGAGGUUCAGCAGCAGCAGCAGCAGCAGCAGCAGCAGCAGCAGCAUUGCUAUCACCUGGACACCGCCUGGUGCAUCCUGCAAAUGUCAAGAGGAUCAGCAUUGACAGUAGGAUAUGUGGUAGCAUUGGCAGUGGCUACAAUGGCAGGUGCAAGUCUGCUAAUGCUGCCUGUAUCGCAAGUAGUGCUGCUGCUGCACGGGCGCUUGCUGCGUGCUUAGAUGAGUGGGACUAUUCUCCUUAGUUGCUUGGCUAGUUAAAAGUUCCAAACUGGUUUUGUCAUAAUUUACUACAGUAU